AAUUAAUACCAAAAUAUAAAUAAAUAAAAGCUGCAGAUAAUACACUUAAUAGACGGCAGCCCAAGAUGUUAACAGGAUGCCUGUGAACGCUCUCAAGACAUUUCAUUGCAUUACAAAGAAUGAACUUAUACCAUAGUCUUGAAUAGAAACCAUGGCCGGAAACAAUCCAGUCCAAGCCAUACCAGAGGGGGUGAACCCCGAAAACAAUCAUGUUGGUGGAGGACCGUUGAUCAACCCUAAUAGAAUAAGAAACAAUAAUAAUCAAAAUCCUCUAUUUAAUGUUAGGGAUAGAUUGUUCCAUACGUUGUUUUUCAAAGCAGCGUUAGCAUAUGCAAGGACUUUUCCAAAGCCAAUUAGGAGGAUUUUUGAGUUUCUUAUUUUAAUUAAAGCUAUAGCUGCUUUCUUUGUACUAGUGUAUAUACAUAUAGCAUUUUCUAAAACACCAACCACUUGUUUACAACACGUAAAAGAUACGUGGCCUCGGGAUGGCAUCUUGAGGGUUGAGAUAGUCAGAAACGCAGGCAAGGAUUACAAUAUUGAACAAAGCUAUGCCAAAGAAGAGAAAAUCAAACAGGAAAAAGUCGACGACAUUUCUAGCGUGCUGGGGUUGCUGGCCAGGGACGGAUUUGUAAAUAUUGAGCCUUCAGCAGUGGAGGAUGCUGGAAGAGAGACUGAACCAUUAGGCCCUGACUAUCAAAAUUAUAUUAGUGAGAAUAAAAAUGCGUCACAUUCCACACGGAAGCCACUUAUGCCAAACUCUCUCUUUAACGUGACGCACAUUUCAUCAACAAUUUGGGACGGCUUUCAGCGCUUAACACAACUACCAGCAUCUUCUUCAGAAGUAAAGUUACCACAUGAAGAACCGACAAACACAGAAGAUCACAUAAGUUACGAAAACUCUUCUAAAGAAUCUGAAUCAGACGCACAAACUACCACUGAUAAUCUCGCUGAUGCUAAAAGAGAAACUCAAAGCAAAUCUUCAGACUGGCCGGAAGAUGAGUAUAUUGUUGAAUAUUCCCUUGAGUAUGGGUUUUUGCGGUUGUCACCAAUGGUUAGAGCCCGCUUAAAAAUUCCAGUUCAUAUAGUAACUUUGGAUCCUGGGAAAGAUGAGUGUUUUGGAGAUGCUUUUAGUCGGUUGGUUUUGGAUGAGUUCUUGGGCUACGAUGAUUUACUUAUGGCGUCCAUUAAAACGUUAGCUGAGGAAGAAGAUAAUAAAGGUUAUUUGAGAAAUGUUGUUACUGGAGAGCAUUAUCGUUUUGUCAGCAUGUGGAUGGCGAGGACUUCUUACUUUGCGGCAUUUUUCAUCAUGAUUGUAUUUACCGUGUCCGUGUCCAUGCUGCUCCGCUAUUCGCAUCACCAGAUAUUCGUGUUCAUCGUUGACCUACUGCAAAUGCUGGAAUUCAACGUGACCGUAAGUUUUCCGGCUGCUCCUCUGCUGACCGUCAUCUUGGCCUUAGUUGGCAUGGAAGCCAUAAUGUCCGAAUUUUUCAACGACACAACAACCGCCUUCUACAUCAUCUUGAUCGUCUGGAUGGCGGAUCAGUAUGACGCGAUUUGCUGCCACACCGCUAUAACGAAACGUCAUUGGCUAAGGUUCUUCUAUUUGUACCACUUCUCGUUCUACGCUUACCACUAUCGAUUCAACGGCCAAUACAGCAGCCUCGCUCUAGUCACCUCGUGGCUCUUCAUACAGCACUCAAUGGUAUACUUCUUCCACCACUACGAACUGCCCGUGAUCCUGCAACAGGCUCACUUUCAACAGUUCAUAAUCCGGAACACCCAACAGCAGCAGCAACAGCGGGAAACGCUGCCAGCCCCCGCCCCCCAGAACACCAUCACAGUCCGUCUGACCGAGCUUUUUUCCGCCGUGAGACCCUCCGCAACGACACAGACCUCCAACAUCCAGGUAGCCACGUCUACCAACACGACGUCGACGGUAGGCACCACCGCCCAGCCGGUGACCUCGAGUCAGACCAGCCAGACGACACCGGCGCUGGUAGAGUCGGCCUCGGCGCAGACACCCCCAGGUGCCCAGACGGCGGUGGCGGCCAUUCAGACGAACGACGUGACGUCCAGACCCCCGACCGGAGGUUCGGACCAGCAGUGAAUGGUGCGGCAUGAUACUGAUGUAUAUACAUAGGCGGUCGUCUUUGUUGCUUUAAAGUGUAUAUAAUUGUUAUUAAUUUUUUUCAUAGGUGGUGUAGAAUGUAUAAUUAUAUAAAUUAAUAAAAGUUUGAAAACUUAA